UCGGGAGCCUCGCCACUCCUCCGCGAAUACUCUCCACAGCAGUAUUGGGACGCAGCCGCUCCAGCUGCGUCCCGGGAGCCGUUUUUUUAAGUGACCGCAGUGUAACCUGACUCUUCUCGGGCUGAUGUUCCGAUAUAAGUCUGUGUUCUGGAGGACAAAGCGACGCUGCUGACUGGACGAACUUUAAUAAGUCAGAAGAAGUAUACGGCGAACUUUUCACUCCAGACAGUUUGACUAUCGCCAAAGAACCGAAGUGCCGGGACGUGAACCGGCUGACUCAACGGAACCGAGGUUCACUUCAAAAUCCCAGAAGAUGCGUGACUAUGUCACUGGAUUCCAAAACCUCCGGUCUUCUUCUGUCAGACCCCAGAACUUCUUGUCUGUUCCAGACGGCAGACGAGAAGGAUGACACGACUGGAGAUGAGAGUGUUCUGGAAAUGCUUAGCAGCUCCAAGUUCACGGACCUGGAGUCAUGGCUCUGUAUGCCAUCAUUGCUACUGCUCCCCUCAGUCCUAGACUCCAGCCACUCGUCCUCCUGCUCCUCCCUCAGCUCCACCCCCUCCCCGGCAUCCCGACACUCCAUCUGUAGUGAGACAGUUGAUGGCGCCAGGUUUCCUGACCUGUCCACUCUGACCAAUACACCCAGACCUCUCCUCUCCUCCACUCCAUUUCUCUCUUCAUAUCCCCCCUCACAUGGAGGAUCCAGCAUCAGGAAGCGGCGGCGCCUAGCUGCAAGUCGAGGUGGACUCCAUUUGAGUGCCUCAGAUUCUCUCCAUAGAGAUUCCUCUCUGUGGGAAGUGAAAGGUGAAGAUGAGGUGGGCAGCGCCUCCAGUAAUUGGGCAUGUCAGCGACCCGUCCUCAGGAAGACGGUGUCGGUGGAUGAGCGAGUUCUGCGGCCAAAGAGAGACAGACAACUACUGAGUCGACUGCGAAGCCGCCAGCCGAAGGCAAGUGGCGUCAACAGUCUACAAAGCUGCUGCAGGUUCGAGGCCAGGAACACUAAGAGACGGCAGCGCUCGACAGGCGAUGAUUUCAUCACAGAGCUGAAACACCUGUUGCACUCUGGAGUCUCCAGAUCAUCGCUGUGCCUGGACAGACUGGUUCCAGGAGCCUGGAGCCCCCCAAUGCUGAACCUGCAGUUGUCCCAGACAAGGAAGUGUCCCCCUGCGCCCCCCUCCCCCAGUGCUGCCAAGCGGCUCUAUAGAAACCUGUCAGAGAAGCUACGAGGGAGCUCUACGUCGUUUGAAGAGGCGAACACGCGAGCCACGACCAUGGUGGCUUCUGAGUGUCUCCUGGAGGCCGUAGAGCAGCAAGAUCUGGAUUUGGUUCAGGUUCUGUUACUGUCCAUCGAUGAUUUGGACCUGAACUCCCCGGACAGUCGUGGUCUGACUCCACUGGACAUCGCAGUGAUGACCAACAACACGCCUAUUGCCAAACUGCUGCUGAGGGCUGGAGCCAAGGAGAGCCCACACUUUACCACCAUAGAGAGUCGGGAGGCGCACCUGAGCUCACUGAUGCUGGAAGCAGAGCAGCGUGUGUCAGCUCUGACUGCUCAGGCACAGAAGGACGGACUCUCUCUGGAUGCAUGCCAGAAGGACAAGACACUGCGGUCCUGGGAGUGGAGGAGUAAACUUUACAAGCGCAUGAGAGCGGCUCUUCGGCUCAUCCCUGGACCGCCGGACCCACCCACCAUGGUCCGACUGAGUGUGAGUAGCAGCACGUCGCUGACCAUCUCCUUCCAUGAGCCACAAGGUCUCAACUCAGGGGUGAUAACCAAGUUCAGAGUGGAAUGGAGUUGCUUGAAGGACUUCUCAUUGGUCGCUGGACAAGAAGUCCUGGAUGACCUGCAGACGCCAAAGCUGACCAUCAGAGGUCUUGCCACGGGACGUGUGUACUUUGUCAGGGUCUCAGCAUACAACCUAAAGGGUUGGGGUCCUCCUGCACCUUCACUACCCCCAUCCGCUGCACCAUCCAACUGGAGGGAGUGUGUUGUCCGAGAGCCCCGACAGCGAGUGAACAUUGAGGCAAUGGAGCGACUGUUGCAGCAAGUCAGAGUCACGCACACACACUACUGUGGCGGAGAUGCAGCAAAGCUUCACAACUCAAGCAGGAAACAGUCGGUGUCCAGGAGCCUGAAACAUCUCUUCAACUCCAGCAGCAAGUUCAUCAAGACCCUCAAGAGGGGUACAUACCUGGCAGCUAUAUUUUAUCACAAAGACAAAGUCCUGGUCACAGCAGAGGACCAGAUACCCAUUGUAGAGGUAGAUGACACCUCAGGCAGCUCGCUCAUGCAGGACUUCCUGUGGUUCACGAAGUUGUCCUGCAUGUGGGAAGAUGUGCGUUGGUUGAGACAGACCACUUCAGUCUCCAUGUCAUCAUCGUCAACUCUGCAGUCGCGACACAAGAUGCUGACAGCCGCUGCUCAGCUGCAGAAUCUCCUGGGUACUCAUGAUCUGGGGAGAGUCCACUACGAGCCCAUCAAGGAUCGUCAUGGUAACGUGCUGAUGGUCACUGUACGCGACCUGGAGACUCCACCGAGUGGGAAGAUGAUGUCGGUCAGUAAACUGCAGAGUCAGCGCAAGUCAAUGUCCACGCCAGAGGAACCGUACGCCUUGGAUGUGCUGGUCAUCACCCUGCAGGACAUCCUAACGUAUCAACGGCGCAGUAGCUACAGGUUAGCUCCAGGUCUUUAUCUGGGCUUUCUGAAGUUGAGUAGCUCAGUUGACCAAAUCAGAGUUCUGGUGUCCCAGCGAACCCCUAACAUGCUCUGUCACACGCGAAUACGAGAGAAUGCCAACGUGUCAAGGGAGGAAUGGGCCUGGCUCCAGUCCCUGACGGCCCAAUGUGACCAGGAUCUUGGACCUGAUAGUCACGCCCCGUUAUUGUUCUAUGAGCUACAGACGGCUAUAAAGAGUCUCCUGAAGCUGGUUAAUGCUCCGUCGGACCAGGUACAUCAGUUCCGUCUCUAUACCAAUGAGGUCGUGGAACUGGGGCAUGGUGUGGCCUUCUUGCUGUUGCUGCCUCCUGCUGACCAUGUCUGUGCUGCACCGGGUCAGUCACAGCACUACACACUGAUGUCAGGAUUCAUACAGCUGCCGCUGCAGAUGUUCGAGCUGGUCCACUUCAGCUGCUACCAAAAGAGUUUCAUCAGUCUUUACUGUCGCCUGUCAUCGGUUCUGGACCUGGGCUCUCUGGUGACCCAGCAGGCUCAGCGGGAAGCUUUGACGGACGAAGAGGUCACAACAAGCCGUCAGAGACACCAGAUGAUCCUGGACUACAUCCAGCAGCUGGACGAGAUGCGUCGCAGCAUUCGUUGGAUAAAUGAUGCCCUCCAGUUCGCUCGCGACCGUCAGACCAGCGCUGGUGUCCCCAUCACCUUCCUUGUUGAUCUGGCCAAUUCGCAACACAAGAAUGAAUCCACCUCGUCUGCUGUGGACUAUUUGGCCACACCCUCACCGUCCCCGGACCGCUACCGAAGGGAAACCAUCAGUGACUCUCUGCUCUGCUCGGAUGAUGACGGGUCCUCUGAGGUUUUCCUGCCCACAGACAGUGACUAUGACUCCUGCGAGGCCUUGAGCCCCCGAGAUUUAGACCAUCUCAGAUCCCCGACCCAGGAUAUCUCCCAAAAGUCCUUGCACUCGCUGGGCGGCAGCGUGCCCAACAUGAUGCAGGUGCACGAGCUCAGGACCACCUCUCCUGCCCCCCCUGCAUCUGCCAUGAGUGUGCCUCAAUGGCCCUCGGUCUCAGGGACUCUGCCCCGCUCACCCAGUGGCCCCCUGUCACCGCGAUUUUUCAAGGACCUGCCUGCUCUCUCUGACACCGUACAGAGCCUGGAGGGUCUUUCUAUUUCAAGUGGCGCCAACCACAAGGCACCUGCAAACCCGCCAGCUAAAAGAAAGCUGCUCUCCCGAAGCCACCGCGGGCGAUACUUCAGUGGGCCUCAGCGAUGGCUGCGUGGCCACAGCGGGGAAAACAGCAGUUCACUGUCCGAGGGUGUGUACACCCGUCAGCAGGACUUGGACCCACCCACGCCACGUGUGAACACCUACGUAAGCCAGACCACCUGUAUCCUUGCUAGUGGGAGGCACAAACACGAGCAGCGUCCACACGUCCGCAGAAUCUUUGUUGAUACAGAGCCAAAGGGCUGGAGCUGGGGGUCGGAGUCAGAGAGGGCAGGGGGCCUGCCAGGUACUGUGGAGGUGGCUGCUCAGGAUGUGGACUCAGAUGACCAAACCAACGCCCAAAUCUCUGAGAUCCUCAGCAGCACUCUGUAGCAGCAGUCUUCACCAAUUCUGACCCAUUGUGAUGAUGUGCAUCGACUCUGUGCUGCCACCCGGGAAUGGAAUCCUGACUCCAAUCCACAAUUGUUGAAUGCAAAGUUCACUCUCAACUGUUCUGGUCCCAGAGCUGUUGGAUGCUAUUGCUCGACCUCCGGCUGCGUUUGCAUGCUGACUGGAGCAACAUUUGGAUGCUAGUUUAACUCCGCUGAGCCUCAGAGUCAUGGCCUUGACUGUUACUAUUAAAAAGGAUGCAAACAGGAAAUUACAAUUUCCUUACAGCAACCAAAGGUUCGUAAGCCCUGAAUGUGGCCACCGAAAAAUGUGUCUGAGACAUCUUUGUUUCUGGUUCUGUGAGAACCACUGCACUUUGCCGUUUUCCAAUGUGUUACCUUGUUCAAUCAAGUGUUCUGUUCUUACGCGUUUCUGUAUUAUUUGUUGCAAAGUUCGGAAACAUGUUUGACAUGUUUGAUGGUCCUUCUGACCACUCCCGUCCUCCUCAGCAUGUCUGGUCACUGCAACAGCGAUGGAUCCUGACUUCGCUUUUUAUUGAACAUUUAUUAAAAACACCUGGAGUUAAAAGCUCAGUGUGAACAUGGGGACAGUAUGAAGCUGCUGUUGUGUGCUCAAGUCAACAUUUACCUCCAGAGAGAUGUUUGUCAUCAAUUGUGUAAGUGAAACUGUCAACGUUUUUGGUGCAAAUGUAUCAAGUUUUUGCUUGUACUCCUGGCUGAACAAAGAAAACUCCAGAUCAACAGCGGGUUCUGGUUCAAUGCUCUCACUAAAGACCACUUGAUUUGAUGUUUAAGUGUCUUGCAUGUUUGUAAAACAGGAUCUGUAUUCAAGGUUACGUCUAUAACUUGUGUGAUCGCAUCAUUGUUGGAUUUUAUUUAAUAAGCUUGUAUUGAUUUAUUUAAGUAAAACAAUCU